AUGACUGACGAGGAAACGUCCCGAAAAGGAAACACGAAAGGCCGUAGCAAGAAGAACAAAAGUGAGUGAAUUAUCCCAGUAUCCGAACAAAAAUAUCAUUGACAGGUCGGAAAGGAAAAUCGCAGAGCCCACCGAGCACGAAACGGUAUGAUACUCGUUCAACGACGUCGUCUUCCACACGUCAGAAUCCGUCGAAACAUGAAAAAGUCGUACUGCUCAAAAGAAACCAUGGUUCGCCGCCGCGAGAGUCUUCCAGUGGUUCUGCACGUGUCCCAACUCCUUUGAUGGAAACGAAACCCAACGGAAAUUUGUUCGGCCAAUCUUCCAAACAACCACAAUCUGCUGCGCUACCAAAAAAGCAGAAUUUAAAGGCAAACAAGGAUUGCGAGCCGCAGUCGUCGAACGGAGCGAACAAGUCUCCGCCGCCGCUGAUGCAAGUGAACACGAACAGACAGGAGUUCUGGCCGAAAACGGACGAGUCGGCGAACGUGACGGAUCGGCAAGCGGAAGCCAAUCGGCGACAGAGAGACAAGUAUUACUUUUCGGAAAAUCCGGGAACUGCAGUCUCGGCGAACACUUUCCAAACUUCUGUGCAGUACAAAAUGGGCAAUUUCCCGAUCGACAGGAACAUUAACAUUCCGAUUGAGAACAAGUUUACGGUAAGUGAAUAUUAUAUUGUCUCUAAGUGCUUAAUUUCUAUCCAUUUCUAGCUCCUAAUAGUUCCGACCGCUGGCCGCUGCCAAUCACUUCACAUCAGUGUGAAAUCCCAAAAGAGAGAUGACACCGUGACUGCUGGAGCGCUUUUGAGAUUGAGUGCUGACGAGAAGACAGUCAGAGAUGCAUGCGUUGAGACCAUCAACAAUUUCGUCGCGGGUAGGUCACUCGCACAGAAACUCCCCCGUUCAAUCCUUGUCAGUUGCAGCAAAAGGAACUCUGGACCGUUUCCCGUUCUCGAAUUCUUCGGAUGAGUAUCUCAAAGAGUGCCACAUCAGAAGACUCGAGGAUCGAUUGGACGCCUUCCCGGAAGCCAUUUACUAUUGUGAAAAAUGCGAUUAUCACAUCAAUACAAUAACGCACGCGAAGAAUCAUCUGGAGGGCAGCACGCACUUUGAAGACGUGGAGAAGCAGGCGCAGAGAGUGAAUCUGCUGAAAAAGAUUCCGAAACCGACGGAUGCUCAUCUAAAGGCGGUAAACCAAGUGCUCUCGAAAACGCUAGACGAAUAUGAAGAGGUUCGUUCGAUAAUUUAGACCGUGAGCUUCAUGUAUGUAUUUCAGAUUAUGAAAAAUAGAAAGGAAACAUCGAGCAGUAUUCUGUCCUACUUGAAAAAUCAACUUUUUCCAUCGAUCAACUGCGAGAACGUUGUUCUUAAACCGUUCGGGUCCUCUAAUUACGACGUCGUUCUCCCGGACAGCGACUACAACGUGGCAAUGUCGCUGGAUAUUUCGGAAGGAACACAGAUGUUCAAAUUCAUGGAAAAAGUCAGAAAACAGAUUGAGGACGACGGACAUCCGGCCGAUCAUUCCAUGGACAUUGGCACUUCCUCCAUGAUCCUGUUCACUUACGAAGGCAUCCGAGUUCGUCUCUGCUGGCUGACCGGCUUCAACUGUCUCCGGCAGCCCAAUUUCACGCAGCUGAUGCAAGCGUACACCUCGCUCCGUCCAGAAGUCGUCAAAUUCCUUCAGUUGAUCCGUUUGUGGGCGUACAAAGCCGGGCUAGAUUCGAAAAAUAAAUCACGGAUCGGUCUGCCCAGAUACGGGUUCGACAUCAUGGCGAUCCAUUACCUGCAGCAAGAAGGAAUCCUUCCAGUGCUUCACCAUCUUUACGAAGAAGAAGUGGAGGAGAAGGAAAAAGAUAAACAGAAGGAUCCGCAGGAGAACAAGGAAGAGCCACUGCACGUGGAGGACGCCGUUUCCAAUCAGCCAGAACAAGCCAGACAGCGUCGAUUGAGAUUGAUGUCCCGCUAUCAGAAGGAUGUCGAGAAAGUCCGUUCUAUGUUUGAUCUGACGAAAGAAUGGAAUUUGGCUAAGCUGUGGAUCGGAUUCUUCCGCUACUAUGUGGAGCGCCAUCGGGAUGUCGUUGUGCAAAUGACCCAGAAAGAGCCAAUGUCGAGAGACUGUAAUCGGUGGAACAAGAAGAUAUUGCACGUAGUUGAUCCGUUCCGAAGUGACAAUGUUCUGGCGAUACCGAAAGUCUCCACGUGGCAGCCGUUCUACUUCAACUGCCUUCUCGUCACUUACAUUUCGUUCGCCAUUCCAAGAACUGAGAAUGGUCCAGUGGUAGAAGUGACAUUCUUCCAGAGCAAAUCGAAGAGGAAGCUCAAAGAGCAGCCGUCGAAAAGAUUUGUAGGUGUGAAGCCGAUGAAUCCGAUAACAGAAGAGAGCUAUAUACAGGCAGAAGAUGAGCUUGCCGUGGAUGAGGAAGAACUGUUGAGGCAGGAGGAAAUGAGGGAGCGUCUCACUUUUGACGGCAUCAAGUUGUGCUUCCUGAAUCCGGAAGACGUCGAAAUUGACGAGCACUUCAAUCAAAUGUACGGUAGACACACUAUGCAGCGUGUCCGAAGACGGUAUACACUCGAAAUGAAUGAGGAUCAGUUGUCAUCGAUCGAUAUGGCCGAUCGCUUUUUGUUGACCAGCCGAAAUAGGAAGAAGUUGGGAAAACUGAUGAGAACAUCGAGAAGGGCGAAUGAGGAGAAUAAGCUGGAUUUGACAAGAGAAGCGGAUCUGGAAGUGGCGGCAGUCACGAAGGAAAUCACCGAAAAACUGUUCAUUUGUAAUGUUGAUUCUGCGCAAGAAAUAGAAGAAGUGACGCCACAGGGUGUUCGUUUAGCGGACUUCAGUCUUCCUAAACGCUUAUCUUUUUUUCAGGGAUCUUCUGGAAUUCCCAACCUGUACACACUUGCUUCUCCCGUCCCGAAUUCGGUUCCAAGCGAGCAGAAAAAAGAGGAAACUCUCAUGGAGCAGACAGAAGAUCCAGUGGUUUUGCGGAAAGCGACAACCACAAGUCGCAGCACUGCUACUUUCGUGAAGCAUUCCAUCAUCACAGAAGCCGCCCGUCUGGCUGAGGGCCAAGUGUGCAUCGAAGAGUUUCACAUCAGAGAGACUGUAAACCGAGAGCAGAUAAUCGAAAAGACGAAAACACUCGACGCCGCCGAUUUCCGCUUCCAAUUCACGGCCGAACUGUUCUGUGGCGGAUACGAAAUGGAGCUGAAGUGCACGUAUUGCGACGGAAGUCACUGCGUCGAGCAGUGCCCACUGAUGGAGAUCCCUCCCAUCGAAAAGUUUGCUCCGCGCACCGCGGAAGAGCUCAAAGACAUUGAUGACAUCAUCGACAAUUACUUCGAGGAAAAUAAAAUCCAGGAAGGUCGCCUGAAACUGCUGCGGAAGAAGGUGGACGAACUGGAGAAGUUCCUGAAAAAGUCGUACCAAGAGGACAUCAGCCUCACCAUCUUCGGAUCAGUUAUGACUGGACUUAGUGUCAAUUGUUCCGAUAUUGACAUCUGCCUUCGGUUUGGAUCAGGUGACGAACCGCCGAAGGACCGGACACCGAAGGACGUGAUUCAGAAAAUGGAAGAAGUGCUAAGAAGGAGCCAUCUGGCGAAGAGAGUUCAGGCAAUUGUCACCGCCAAGGUUCCGAUUGUCAAGUUCCAGAUAAAACUGGAUAACAACGAUAUGGUGGACGUAGAGUGAGCAUUUCAGAUCCCUCAUCUCCAUCAAAUUCUGUUUUCAGUGUGUCCUACUACAAUAUACUGGCCAUUUACAAUACUUCUCUUCUCAAGGAAUACACUUACUGGACUCCCGAUAACCGAUUCGCUAAACUUGCGCUGUUCAUAAAAGCUGUAGGUUCUACCAACAAACCUCUUAUCAUUGAUCUCUUCCAGUGGGCCAAGAGAUGCGACAUAGGAGAUGCAUCCCGUGGAUCGCUGAGCUCGUACGCCCACAUUGUCCUUCUGGUCUCGUACCUCCAGCAAUGCGAUCCUCCAGUUCUUCCACGACUUCAGGAAGACUUCCGAAGCGGAACGACAGAACGGAGAAUGGUCGAAAACUGGGACACCUCGUUCGUGCAGGCGGAGAAGCAGCUUUUCGAGGGAUGGCAGAAGAACAAGGAGACGUGCGCUCAGUUGCUCAUCGGAUAUUUCGACUACUACUCGCGAUUCGACUUUCGAAACUUUGUGGUUCAGUGCCGACGAGAGACCAAUCUGUCGAAAAUAGAAAAGGAUUGGCAACGACCGUUGUGCGUCGAAGAUCCAUUCGACCUCAAUCACAACCUGAGCAGUGGAAUCACAAAGAAAAGUGAGUGCGGUUCUGAUCCACUCGCCUAACUGCUUUCUUCUUUCAGUGUUCGUGUUCGUUAUGAAAGUGUUCAUCGCUUCCCGCGCCGUUUUCAUGUCGGCGAUUCCGAAGACUUCGCGCGGCCCCAACUUCCUCUCGGACUUCAAAGAGCAACUGUUCUGUAUGUGCUCGCAAGGAUCUGCUCCGGCCGACCGACAGUGUCACGCAUGCCAUAAAAUAGGUCAUUUCGUGGAUCAGUGUCCGCGAAGAAAUCAGGGAAAAGACUCGAGACGGCGAUAUGGAUCCAACUCGACCACUUCAUCGUACCGAUCCAAUGGGAAUGACAACGACGGCCAGCCGGACCGACUGCAAUUCCACAAAAGAGUAAGAGCCUUUCAUCAUCUGAGUUUUCCAAUAGCAUUCUGAUUUUCCAGACGUAUCACCGCCGCUCGCACCGAUAA